AUGGCAAAAGUUAUCACUACCUACGAAGGCGAAAAAGUCACGGCAGCCAUGCUCGAGGACGCAGCAAAGCUCUUCAGUGACAAUUACGGCAUAUGGGGCUACAAGGGGAGCCGAGUGAGGAUGAGUGCUGACCGCCUCCGAGCACAGUGUCUACCUGAGGGGUCACGAAGCACCUACAUUAUGGUUACCGUUGAGGGAGUCCUCGCAGGCAACGCCUUCGCCUGUCGCUGGGAAUACGAGGGCCAACAGGUCUGUUGGAUUACCCAGCUGGUAGUUCACAGUGAUUACCGAGAGCGUCGGCUUGCUUCUUCGCUGCUCUCAACCCUUAUUGAUAACGACGACGAUAUACUCGGCAUCAUGAGUUCUCAUCCAGCCGCAUGCAAAGCCCUUGUGAAGGCGGUUGGAGGUAUGCACCACUAG